AUGGUGGGGAGCACCCUUGCCGUAGAUGCGGAGGAGCUGCAUAUGCUGGAGUGCCCAGACGAGGCCCUCCAGGUCCAAGGUCGACGAAGUCGCCUUGGCUUCAGAAUAGGAGCCGCACUUUUGGGGCUCACAGCUUUGGUCCUGACAAUGCCAUUCCCAGGAACAGCACAUGGCAGUCUUCUGGGAGGCAUGUUGGAUGUUUCGAGGAUGCGAGAAUUAGAAGUGGAGAUGGCAAAGGCUGGUUUGCCUCUACCUUUGGAGCAGAAAUCGCACAUUAGUCCAGAGGCUGGCAACGUCCUCUGUGUGGUGGACGUGGCUCAAUCGAUUGGACGCAUCAUGGGCGUUGGCAAUUCCAUCAAGUCGGUGACUGUCAACUGUGAUUUCAAAUCCAUUGUGAAAGUACAGAGAAGACCAAUCACUCAGGAUGAACGUCAGCGUUGUGCCGUGACCAUUUUUGGAGUCAUGGUGAACACGGCCCUGGGGAUGGGCGCCAUCUCCUCUUCGGUAUCUACCUGCGCUGGCUCCGUGAACGUGCCGGCCAACUGCGCUGCCAAUGUCAAUGCCUUUAUCGGCAACGUCCUGGUCUUGGCCGGCACUGCCAUGGCAGCAGAUUUGAGCUGUCCUCUAGAUCCCCUGCCCGAUCGCAUCGAAGAGAGGCAGAUCGAAUUGCAGGAGGCUCGGGACGACCUGCAACGCGAGAUCAACAAGUUUCUCAUCAGGAAUAAUCAGCCGGUGACCAAUGUUCUGCCACCGGACCCAGCGAUUCCCAAAGACGAGGUCUUCCACUCCAUCUCACGAUGUGUGGCUCACCUUGAUCUGGCAGUGACGUUUGUCAUGAAGUCAGGGGUGAUCAUUGCCGACAGCACGUUAGAUUGCUCAGAGGAGGAACUCAUUGAUGAGGACGACAAGCGUGUGUGCGCCAUCAACAUCAUUGGUCUCAUGGGGACGCUGAGUCUUGCCACGCGCUUCUUCGCACUGGCCUCCAACAGCUGCGUCCAAAUCGUGGGCCAGACCACACACCGCGCCGGCUGUGCCGCAGACACCGCGGGCAUCAACGCAGGCGUUUAUGCCAGCGUGGCACCCGCGAUGAAUCUCCAAGCCUCAUGCAUCGAAGCGUCACUUGGACGGAAACGACGAGUUUCGCCGUGGACGACGGGAAAGAAAGGACCGAUGCAUACCGAGCGCGGCGAGCGCUGCGCUUGCGUUUUCCGAGCUGCGUUGGUGCAGAAGUCGAGUCACGCCAGCUAUUUGGCUCGAGUCCAGGCUGUAAUGUUUCUGAGAGACAGAGCGAAUGAAUUUCCAGUGGUUUCCACGAGUCAAGAUGAACUUCGAGCUUGCCAUGUUAAUGCUCGGGCUGAGAACCUUGCGAAAUCUGCGCUCGAAAACCACCACGUAGAGGAGCACGUAAUCUGUGAGGUCUUGAGACUGUGCUGUAUCCCUCUGUCCACAACGCGCAGGAAGCUCAUGCCGGCGGGAAAGAAGAGCGUCCAGAAGGUGGUGCUGGGCCUCUACAGUCGCGCUGGCAGAGUGGAAAUCACCAGCUUUACGAAGACGUGCCCGUGGACCACCAAGCUGCUGACCGCGUUCGUGCAGCAGAAGCACCCGGGAUUCUUUUUCACCUCUAUACAGGUCAACUGCAAUAACAAGUGUGCUCCCCAUACUGACCGAAACCACAGCACCUCUUUCAUCUUUGGCCUUGGAGACUACAAAGGCGGCGAACUCUUCGUCGCAGAUCCCAACGGCGCUGACCGCUUGCUGCUCUCCAAAGCGGUCAGCGGGUACCCGAAAGGAGCCGAAGUCCCAGGGGACUACGUGAACAUCAAAUCCAAAUGGUUGGAGUUUGACGGAAGAAACCUGCAUACGGUCAAGCCUUUCAAGGGCGUCAGGUUCAGCUUGGUGUACUACACCUGCCCAGAGUACGCACAGGCGUCCCCGAAGGUGAGAAUGGCUUGCUGCGAGAGUGGCUUCAAGUAUCCGCUGCUCCAGCAGCUGGUCCGUGACCCUGGAAGCCGUGAAUCUGCUGCCAGCGCUGCAAGCGCCGUUCCCGUUCCCAAGGCCAAAACGGAACGACAGCGCCGGCGUCCACAGAACGAUGCAAUCUGUCGCGGUUCUGCGGAUCCUGCGGACAGCAUGAAAAAAACAGUGAAGAAGACCUAUGCCUUGCUGAAGGCCAAAACGGGACCGCCCAGAAAGCGCGGGCGUCCACGGAAAGAAGCGCCACGCUGUCAAAACAGUCUUGCGGAUCCUGCGGACAGCAUGAAAAAAACAGUGAAGAAGACCUAUGCCUUGCUGAAGGUCAAUUCCAAUCAGAAAGGUGGUGGUGGCACGGCCAACUUUCGGAAGGCCAUGGCUGCCCUACGCAGCGCCGUGAAAAAGCUGCCGGAAGAGCUGCAUCUCCACAUCCUCACCUUGCUGGACGCAUCGGAGGACAAGGAGAACUUCGAAGCCAAGACUUCGGGUACCUGGCGCCGCUUCCUGCCCCCCAUUCUUGAGCUGCUGGGAGUGACAGAUCCGGAGCUGGAACAGGCGAAGAAAGACGCGAACCCGCGGGACCUGUCCAUGGAACCAGUGAAGAAGGCGCAGAGAAAGGCCCGGAAGCGCCUUGCUGCCUCGGGCGCUGAACAGUCAGAGUCGGACGAGGGCACGUCGAAGAAACGGCGCCGGUGCAAUGAUGAGCUCUGA